AUGAUUGCGCGGCAGGAUGACGAGGAGACACCCCUUCUGCAACGACCACAGCAGCCAACGACUCGGAUUAGGACACCUCUGCCCGGGGAUCAAUUAUGGAUCAUACUAGUACUGUUCUCGCAGUUGUCAGAUCCUCUUUCUUCUAAGACCCUUGUCCAGUUUAUUCCCCAAGUGAACAUCGGAGUGGCUCGCGGAGACGAAUUCCAGGUUGGUCGCUAUGUCGGCAUCCUUCAAUCAUCAUACUAUGCAGCUAAUGCGCUGACUACUUUUCAUUGGGGUCAACUGCCUGACAACAUUGGGCGGAAGCCUGUAAUACUGACAGCAAUUUCAGUUUCGAUGUUUUCUUUUGGGCUGUCGAAAACCUUCCUUGGUCUGCAUUUAAUGAGAGCACUGAAUAGUGUCGUCGAGAGCAUGGUGAUGGACAUCACUGACGUGACCAAUAUGCCCAAGGCAUACAGUUAUACACCAAUUCCGUGGAUGAUCGCAGCCAUAGCUGGGUAG